AUGCCCUCGUACUUCUAUCAUAUUGCGCUCGAAUUACAAGCCUGCCCCCAAUCAUGUCUUGAAGGUGUGUCCGGGUUGCAUCAGGAUCAGUCGCAAACAUCAUUGUCUUUCGACUCUGCUUGCGAAGCUUUACUCCCAUUCCAGAAGCGACCAGUGCAAAGCAGAUUAUUGACCCGUGUUGCGCGUCAGUCUGCGAAUGAUAAAGGCAACAACCGUUUGAUUUCAGACGGCAACAGUGCUGCUGCAUCGAAAAUACCCUCCCAUCCCCACCACAACCAUCGUCAUCACCAGUCAAACAAUCCUCUAGCUUACUCUUACAGCAAGUCUGCGACUAGUGUAUAUAAUUUAGAGAAGGACUUGAGGCUUGAUAAGGUCGUCAUUGAGUGUAUCGACAUGGUAUCUCCGGGGCGACAAGACGCAACAACGGUCUCCAGACGACCUACGGAUGCCAAGAGAACCAACAGCAACCUUUCGACGAGCAGUAGCCACAACAAUCCUGUCGCAACGGGUAUUGGAACGGAUAUCCUGGGUGGUCUUCGCACGAAAGGAAGGUACAUUCCGCUGGAUCGGAAGACCUCCGACAGCGUCUGGGGCAUCGUCCAUCUCUAUCGCGAUGUGCAGGAGACACCCUAUCUGAAUAAUAAUGCCGACGACUAUGCACCAUCUUUGACGGGCUCCGCUGCCGCGAGGCAUCUUGGCGGUCGAUCAGGUAAUGGUGCGAAUAAUUACGAUCCGCGGGAUGGGUCUCAUUAUGGGGAGGAAACUUCGCUGCAACAGCGUCAACAUCCGGAUGAGGACUGUACGACGCUGUGUAUUCUUGCUGUCCCGUCGUAUAUGUCACCGUCGGACUUGUUGGGGUUUGUCGGUGAGAAGACUAUGGAUGACGUGAGCCAUUUUCGGAUGAUCAAGACCGCGCGAGCGAAUCGAUAUAUGGUUUUGAUGAAGUUUCGGAGUGGGAAAAAGGCAAGGGAAUGGCAAAGUGAGUGGAAUGGGAAAGUUUUUAAUAGUAUGGAGCCGGAAACAUGCCACGUCGUCUUUGUGAAAACAGUCGAGAUCCAACUUGUAGACCCUGAUACACAAUCCGGAGUAGCUCAGAAAGGUACAUUGGGCGGCGCCACACAUACUUCUACUAGUCCCCAAGAAUGGGUGACAGGUGCCACUUCUAGUCCACCUCUUGCACCUGCUCCCUUGUCCACGAAACCUCUGGCACCACGAACACCCGCCCUUAUUGAGCUACCGACUUGUCCUGUCUGUCUUGAACGGAUGGAUGAAACCUCAGGUCUAUUAACCAUCAUCUGCCAACACGUCUUCCACUGCACAUGUCUCCAGAAAUGGAAAGGUAGCGGCUGUCCCGUAUGCCGAUACACACAGGACGACUUCCGGAAGAAUAGCCAAAGCGGACCCUUCGGCGGUGAUGAACCUGCAGAGUGCAGCAUCUGCCACUCGGAGCUGAAUCUCUGGAUCUGCCUCAUCUGCGGAAACGUAGGUUGCGGACGCUACGACGGCGCGCACGCCUUUGCACAUUUCAAGGAAACCUCACACGCAUUCGCCAUGGAUCUCGCCACACAGCGCGUCUGGGACUACGUCGGUGAUGCCUACGUCCACCGUAUCAUCCAAAGCAAAACAGACGGUAAGCUCGUCGAACUCCCUGCAGCAGACAACAGCGCGCUCGACCCACCAGACUGGUCCGACGCAGUGCCCCGAGAAAAACUCGAAAACAUGUCUGUCGAAUACACGCACCUCCUGAUCAGCCAACUCGAAAGCCAACGAGCCUACUUCGAAGAGAUCGUCGAACGAGCCGCUGAUAAAGCCUCUCAAGCCUCCACCGCCGCAUCAUCAGCCCAAGUAGCCGCCCAGAAGGCCACAGACACCCUCACAUCUCUGCAGAGCCAAUACGAUAAACUCACCCAGGAGACCCUCCCGACGCUAGAACGCGACAAGUCCCGCGCUGAGAAACGCGCGGAGAAAUUCGAAUCCAUGGCUCGGAAGAUGGAGAAGGAGUGGCGGGAGGAGAAGACCAUGAACGAAAGCCUGAUGCAGCGUAUCACCUUCUUAUCGAAUCAGGUGGAGAAAUUGGAGGCUUCUAAUAAGGAUCUCGAAGAGCAGAAUCGCGAUCUCACCUUUUUUAUUAGUGGGUCGGAGCGGUUGAAGGGGGAGAGUGAAGAUAUCAUUCAGGGGACUAUUAGUGUUCCUGGAGAAGGUACUAAUAAUAGUCGUAAGAAGAAGGGAAAGGGAAGGAAGUAA